AAGUGAAAUUCAUAAUUUGGUGAGGUUAAUAUGCACACUGGACACAAUAAUUUGCCCACGACUUGGGAAAGUAGGUGAUAUUCAUUCGCCACCGUCUAUGACUUCCCUGUCGGCUUCUUCUUAGCACUUGACUUCUAGAUAAUCAUGAAGACAUUUCAAAAACGCAAGAGAUACCCUUGUUUUUACACUAGCAGAUCCACCAACCUAUAACGGAAAGUAAUGGAGAAUUCAGCUGAUUUUGUAGAGAGAGUGGAUGGCAAUGGGGGAGAGACUAGAAACGACACAACAGCUUCCUUUAGUUAUUCUUCUUCGACGAUAACAUCUGGCUAUCGAUUAUUUGGUCGGCAAUCCUCACUUCAUCAGUUUAUGGGUGGAGGCAAAGCUGCUGAUGUGCUUUUGUGGAAGCGGCAGCAUGUCUCUUUUGGUGUAAUUGUUGUUGCAACAGUUGCAUGGUUUAUAUUUGAGCGGUCCGGAUUACCAUUCUUAACUAUUUGUUCAGAUGUCUUGCUGGUUGUGAUUGUAUUGUUAUUCGUCCAUGCCAACUUUUCUGCUUUCAGAAAUAACAGACAACCACAAUCAUUACCAGAGCUAGUUUUGUCAGAGGAAAUGGUUAAUAAUGCUGCUGCAUCUUUUCGUGUUAAAAUCAAUAAUGUUCUUCUUAUGGCUCAUGACAUCACUAUUGGAAAAGAUUUUAGACUCUUUUUCAAGGUGGUGGUCUGUCUAUGGCUCCUGUCUGCCACUGGUAGCUACUUCUCUUUCUUCACCCUCGCCUAUGCAGGUUUGUUAUUGAUCUUUGGUCACAGGAACCAUCUUAUCCAUUACAAUUCCUGCCUUGUAUAGCAAAUUCGAGGAGCACAUUGAUAAAUACUGUGGGAUGAUCCAUAGAAAAUUAUCACAUCACUAUAAGAUAGUGGAUGAGAGUGUUACUAAUAGAAUUCCUCACAGUUUAUCCAAGGACAAAGAUGAGUAAGUGUGAAAUGCAUACGGAUGAUGGUUGAGUCUGCUUUGCAGUGAAGUUCUAAAAGUUGCUGCCAAGUCUGCCCAGCGUCAUGUUUGGCGAAAUCAUCUAUUUUUUGUCAUGUUAUUUGCAGUGAUUUUCCCUCACUAAAGAUGUGCAUCUUUCCCCUAUCUCCAUUACAAUGAACUGAGCAAAGUGUUCCAUAAGCUUCUGCAAACGUGUGAAAUUCUGAAGUUUGGCUCGCUAGGUUUAUCUUCUAUUCAUUCUUAAGGUCUGUAUUUUAAAUUUUAGAGCUAGUUUGUUUUUCAUUCCUGGGGAUUAUUUCCUUGGGAAAGAUGACGAAUCAGAUGGGUUGUGCAUUGAUAAUAGGAUGAAUUGUACAUUGAUCUUCUUAGAUAAAAAAAGAGGAAAUGCCCUAUAAAGAACAGUGGCCAUGUACCACAUACAAGAUCGUGCUUAGUUACUUGAUUUCUGGUAUCGUGCAUGUUACAAACUAGAAGAUGGCAGGACUCGGCUGGAGUUCUUUUUCCUGUAGUUUAUUGUAGACUUGGUUCUGAUUUUUGAA